AUGGCGCCAUCAGUCUAUCGUGACGAAGCUCUGGUAUCCCUAACGGUUGUUAACCCAACCCCUGGCUUUGAGUUUCCAACACGCAGCCUAUUGCUCAGAAAGUCAAAUACUACAGUCCCCCUUGGACGGAUGAGUAGAAAGAAUGGAGUGUUCACUGCCCGAGAGGAUAAUGGCUGGAUCGACUCCGCCGUCAUGUCCAGAGAUCAUGCCAAACUUAUCUUCGAUCCGCAGUCCCAGAGGGUCUUCAUCAAGGAUAUCGGCUCUCUCCACGGCACGUUUUACAACGAUACCCGCUUGAAGAAGCAUCAAGCUCAAGCAGUAAAGAACGGAGAUCUCAUUCAGUUUGGUAUCCCCAUAGAUAGGGGAUCGGAAACCAAUCCGCCUUGCAUUAUGCGAGCUAGAGUUGAGUUUGGCACAGCCAGCUCCCCUCAGGGCCCGACCGUUUUCCGAGUUCCAGAUGAUAGUGAUGAUGAGGUUAGCGCCGAAGAAGACAAUGCUAUUCGGAGCUCCUCCCAAAUACUGCGAGAUCAUGGUAUACGCCCAGACCCCAACUUCUUGGGCUCGGACAAUACCGUCAUUACUAUUGAAUCCGAUCACGAGAUGGAUUCAUCGGAACCUGAGCAUGAAGAUCACACCGAAUAUACCAGGUCCGCCCACGAUCCAAUGAUGGAGAAAUUCACUCCCCCAGGAGUGGUGCAUACCUCAGACGAAGACGCACUCUUCUAUGGAGACGAUUACGAAGAGGACUACAUGUCAGACGACAACGAUGAUCACUCGACUGACUCUCCUGUUCAAACCCUACGCCACAGUUUCUUAGGCGACGACUACACCACAACUCACGUCGAGGCCACUGUAAUUCAUGAGGCCGAAAUUGUGGAUAGAUUCGAAAACGACUGUCUUCCACCCAUCCUCUCAGCAUCAGACGCAGCUGCGGCCCCGAACGAUCCUACGAUAGGCGUACAUCUACCUUCAUUCAACGAUACUUUCCGGUCACAGGAAAUUUCUAUGGGCCGCCAAAAUUCAAUCACAGACACCAACAAUGAUGCGACUUCAAAUGAGGUUCCAGCAAGCAUUCGCCUUCCGGCAGCUCCUGAGCUAGUUGAGUCUAAAUUUUGGCCAGAGGACGUUGCUCUCAACCGAGCAACCGAGUCCAGCCUUCUGUUAGACUCGGGUGCCGAGUUUCUUAAUUCUCCUCUCAAAGAGCAUCCCGAGCUAGAGAAUGCCACCCCUCCUCUGGAUCUCGACGAGACUUCCGCUUAUCAGUUUGAAGUUACGAAAAACGCAAUUACCCAGCAGCAACAAGCUUUGUUUAAUGCUCCACAGACGGGCGCUGGCCAGACCAUAGAUCAGCAAGAGAAGCCCUCUCAUGGCAAGCGCAAAGCUGUGGAGAUAUCAGAAUUGACCGCCGAGGAAAUUCCAUUUGCUGAGCGAGAUUUAGCUCAAGGAACAUCUUCACUCAGACCUAGGACUCAUGAAUACUCUGCGAUGGACAUUGACGACCAUCAUUCUAGACCUAGCGAGCCACAGACAAAGCGGCUGCGCAAAGCUGCGGAAAUCUUUGGAUAUGCGGCAAUCGGAGGAGUUGCUGUUAUGUCUGCGUUGAUUGCUACUGCUCCGGCUCUAUAA